UAGGGUAAUUGAGUUGAAGAGGAUGACGGAGGUGAUCCUCCAUGUCUACGAUGUGACGAACAGCGGUAACGAGAAAACCAACACCACGAUUAUGCAGAUCAACAGGUUCUUCAAGGAUGGAAUUGGCCUUGGCGGCAUUUUCCACAGCGCCGUUCAGGUUUAUGGAGAUGAAGAGUGGUCAUUUGGAUAUUGUGAACAGGGUACUGGAGUGUUUAGCUGUCCCCCAACAAAGAAUCCAAUGUACACUUAUCGUGAAACCAUUACCCUUGGGACUACCUCUUUCUCCAUCUUCAAGGUUAAUCAGAUUCUAAGAGAACUUAGUAGAGAGUGGCCGGGACACUCGUAUGAUUUGUUAUCGAAAAAUUGCAAUCAUUUCUGUGAUGAGUUCUGUGAGAGACUUGGCGUGCCAAAGCUUCCAGGUUGGGUUAACAGGUUUGCACACGCCGGUGAUGCUGCCGUAGAAAUAGCCGGAAACACAGCCUAUCGAUGGAGGCAAGCUAAAGCCGAGAUUGUAACUGCUAGCAAGGUGGCGUAUCGGUUUCUAUCAGGAGUGACGGCAAACAAUUCCUCCGCGGGUACGGAAUCCGGCGAAAACUCGAAUAGAGGAAGCCCUCGAUUCCAAACCCCGUGGUUCAAGAACAUUAUCACGACCGGCGCGAAACCGUCAAGCAGUUCGGAGAUGGAAAACUCGGACGAAGAGGCGACAACGAUGAACCGGAAACAGAGACAAGAUGGCGAGGCGGGGCUACAAAGCACGCCGCCGUUAAGAUUAAGUAAUGCGCAUCGCGACAACAACUGAUAAAUAAUUUGCCGCCGCCGGAAAGCUUGUGGCGGGGAAACAUGUUGGUUUGUUUGUUGUAAAAUGGUUAGAGACUUUUUAGUCUUUGUGGCGUUGUUAUUCAAUGGUGGAUUUGUCCAGAAAUUUCUACUACUGCUUGUAGUGUUUGUCUUCGUUUUAAUGUUCUUUUUUUAUGUCUUAGUCUCAUAUUCUUUGUCCA